AUGGACGAAACUAAGGAACUCUCCAUUGAACACAAGGAGCUGGCUGAGAUUGCCUCCAUUACAUCUCCUAAAAACAUUGGACUCCCCACUGCCGAGGAAAAGUUUCCGAACAUCAACAGAAAGAAGCUGCUGCGAAAGAUGGACUGGCACCUCAUGCCCAUGCUCACAAUGCUUUAUCUCAUGUCAUUUCUGGACCGAGGAAACAUUGGAAAUGCACGAAUUGAGGGUAUUGUUGAGGAUCUGGGACUCUCAGGUACCCAGUUCAAUUGGUCCAUCACCGUCUUCUUCUUCACAUACUGUGUGUUUGAAGUGCCCUCCAAUAUGCUUCUCAAGCGAUUCCGUCCAUCCAUCUACCUUCCCACCAUCAUGGUUGCCUGGGGCAUUGUUAUGACUCUUAUGGGCAUUGUCAAAAACUACGGUGGUCUUCUGGCUUGCCGACUCAUUUUGGGAGCUACUGAAGCUGGUCUUUUCCCUGGUGUCGCUUACUAUCUGACCAUGUGGUACUGCCGAGCUGACAUGCAGUACCGACAGGCCAUGUUCUUCUCUGCUGCAGGAUCAGCUGGAGCCUUCUCUGGUAUCCUUGCCUUUGGAAUCGGAAAGAUGAGAGGAAAGGCUGACCUCAACGGAUGGCAGUGGAUCUUCAUUCUCGAAGGUAUCGCAACCGUUGUCGUUGCUAUCAUUGCGUACUUUUGUCUCUAUGACUUCCCUGAGACUGCCAAGUUCCUGACCGAGGAAGAGCGAGAGUACAUCCAGUAUGCUCUCGAGUAUGAUGGCUACGAUCGAGACCUCGCUCUCAAGGGUGGAGCUCAAAACUCUGACGCUGUUGGACGAGACAACUCCAACAACUCCAAGUUCCUCAAGGCUGCCUUCAUGGACCCGCAGUCUUGGAUUGGUGCGCUUCUUAUGAUUCUCAUUGUUUCUCCUCUCUACUCCAUGUCUUUCUUCAGUCCUAUCAUUGUCAGGAGUAUGGGUCAUUCCGCCAGUAUUUCGCAGAUUCUGUCUGCCCCAUUUGGAGCCAUUGGAGCCAUCACCACUGUCAUUCAGGCUUACUUUUCAGACAAGUACAAGAGGCGGUUCCCAUUUCUCAUGGUUAACUUCUCGCUUGGCAUCAUUGGAUACGCCCUUUGCAUCAAAUAUGGUGUCAAUAAACAAUGGAUCACAUACGCAGGUUGUAUGAUUGUCAACAUGGGUCUACAGCCUUCAUUCAUCUGUCACAUUUCCUGGAUGUCUGUUAAUAUUGCUGGCCCUUACAAGAGAGCUAUUGCCAUGGCUAUUGUUAUCGGUUUCGGAAACAUGGGAGGAGCUAUUGCUUCCAAUAUGUACCGAGCUUCCGACGCCCCUCACUUCAAACAGGGUCAUACCAUUGCCAUCUCCUUUGUUGCCGCCGCCAUGGCGGUCACCAUCUGUCUGUAUCUUGCCUACAACUUCAUCAACAAGCGAAAGGCCAAGCGAUUGUUGGAGGGCCACUAUGACCAGUACACCUCCGAGGAGCUAUCUGCCAUGGGUGACCGAUCUCCUUACUUCAUCUACCGAAUGUGA